GUGACGUUCGAUCGGGGCUGACAGACCAGGCUCCGAACCAUGGACAUGGGUCCUCGCUGCUCACACUGAAAUCCGGGGGUCUGAGAACCUUGCCUAUCCUCUUGCGGCUGAAUGGGGCUACCUAUCAUCAACAUCCAGCCGGAGACCAGAACCAGUACCUUGGCCCGCUGACAGAGAGGACAAUGGCUAUUCAGAGCUGAGAACUCCUGGUCGCCUCAAAGGAUGAAUCGUGUUGAGCGUCGGACAGUAUCUCUGGUAGCAUGGAUCAAGCGUUGGAAAGAAGUGCGACUGGGGCCGAAUCUUUGAAUAAAUAGGAGAGCUGUGAGACGCGCACAUCUGUCUGCAUCUGGAUAGAAUCAGCACUCGUACCUUGUCUAGAUUGUCCCUGACUGUAUCCCACCUCAACCAUGGCGACCGUUGACACCAUCCUUGCGCAACCCCAGGCCGCGCAGACGCAGGCCGGGGGGAAGAAGACGGCCCACGAGUUCUGGUCCGACUACCUGUGCUCCAUGGUUCGCCCGCUGCUCGAGGCCUCUGGCGCGUAUACCCCUGAGCAGCAAGCACAGCAGCUGCGGUUCCUUGUGGACCAUAUCGCGCCCACCCUGGGCCCGCUCCCGUCGGAAGCGCGGGCCAAGUACACCAUGACUUACGUCGACUCGCCCUUCGAGCCCAGCCUCAACCUGACGGGGACCGGCAAAUGCAAGGUCCGGUACAGUCUCGAGGUCGUAAAGCCGCCCGGAGGCGCCGAGAGCCCGGACCCGUUCGGCGAGAAGCGGGCCCGCGAGGUCCUCCUGAACCUCGCCAAAGCCUCGGGUGCCGAUACCAAGUGGCUCACCAGCGUCAUGGACCUGUUCUACUUGACGCCCGAGGAGACGGAGGCGAUGCGGAACAAGAUCCCCACCUUCAUGCCCAGCAGUCUGGUCGGGUUCGACCUGGAUGGCGAGAAGGCCAUGAUGAAGGUUUACAUCCUCACCAUGCGCAAGGCCAUCGCCUCUGGCGCCAUGUCGAGCAACCAGUACACGGUGGAGGCCUUGCGCAAGCUCGAGCCUUGGGGCUACAAGAUCGGGCCCGGCCUUGAUGUCGUUUCCGAUUACCUCGCCAACGCCAAGUACAAUGUGACGCUCAUCUUUGCGAGCCUCGACUGUCUUGACCCUUUCAAGAUCACCAGCGCCCGUGUCAAAACCUACUUCCACACCAGCAGCAACUCCUUCGCUGUGGCCCGUGAUGUCAUGACACUUGGCGGCCGCCUCACGGACGAGACCACCCUCAAGCGCGUCGAGAUUCUGCGGUCCCUCUGGCCCUUGCUCCGGAACGAGAAGCCCGGCGAGGGACCGGACCCUUCCGACAGGGACGCGUACGACGCCUGGGAGAAGCCCGAGCGAAUCACAGGCACGCCCCUCUCCGGCCUGCAGUACAACGUCGAGCUGAACCCCAGCAAGCCCGGCCUCGAGAUGAAGUGCUACGUCCCGCUAUUCCAGCACAACGCAACCGCCCAAGAGUCCGAGGCCAACGUGGAGAAGAUCCUGAGAAAGCUGCAGCACCAGUGGGGCAGCGACGGGAAGUACACCGAGGCCGUCAAGGCUGCCUACGCUAGUAACCGUAUCUCGCCGACCUUCGUGUCCUUUUCCUACUCCAAGAGCAAGGGUCCUUACAUGUCGUCGUACCUCCCGGGUGUGCUUGAAGAGGGCGCAGAGCUGAAGUCGACCAACUGGAAGUAUACUUAGAUAGUGUUGCGUUACUGUACCGGGGUUUGCCUGCGGUUGUACAACUUUCAUAGUCAAUGCCAGGGGAUACCGUAUCGAUCCAUGUGUGACCGGCGAUCUCAGGUUGAAUAGAUUAGCUUAAAUUGAUCUACU